UAAUCAAAGAAGCGAGUGUCCGUCCAAGCCGACAUGGGACGUGAGAUGCCCAGUAUCCCUCCCAUGCAAUUACUCAUCAUGUUAACAUGACAAGAUACAACGGUGGGCUCUUUCUCGCUUGAGUGCAACCAGACAGUCGAUCGACCCUAUCUAAAGAGACUGACCACUUCCUUUGACCACCCGAACACCGGUACCGAGUUGCUAUUGAUUGCAGGUGAGGCGAGUAUAUCCAGUCUGCUUGGCGCCUGAUGAGCAGGGUAGCUUGGUUGUUGAGAAGCAGUCCACCACUUACAUAGCCCUCAAACAGAAAAUGAUUUUAUCCUGGACUGAUUUUCUCUGUUUAUCUCAGGCAUUCUGGAGCUAGUCCGCUAUUGAGGUCAAGCAGUGGGCAUCUUCAUUAAAUAGUUAUCCGGCGCCAAUUACGUUGCUUUAGCAAAGAAGAACUUAACAGCGCUGCAAUGACUUAAUAAAUGAUAUUUUCUUGUGAUAAAGCAUUUUGAACAGUUUUAUUGAUGAUCGGAGAGAACUUGAACAAUUAGCUCUUGCUUCUAGUAUCAGCAAGCUCGAUUUACGUGUAUUUACGUAUUUUCAGUUUGAACCAGGUUUACCUCAGAACUGAUUUUGAUAUCGGUUGUGGACUAUGGAAAGCAUCAUGGAAGGGAAAAGCAUCAUUGAUGAAAUACCAAUGCCGUAUGGGCACCUAAGUUCUGACACUCUAAAGCGUUAUCAAAAUCAAGAUAUAGCUAAACUGUACCACAGAGAACACGGUCGCAAUUGCCAUGUACAUUACGAUGAUCCGAAGGCAGAUGACUUUUCUAAAUCCAGCAAGUCAAGUUCAAAUUCAGAAACAAGUUCAGAAAACGGAGACUGUUACGAUGACAUGCGGAGGGAAUACGAUCGUGACGACGAAUCAAGUACGACGGUUGGUGGCACCUUGGUCAAAAGACGUUUCGCUGACGUCAAACCUCCCUAUUCGUACAUCGCAUUGAUCACGAUGGCGUUGGAAAGCUCAAAAGACGGAAUGAUGACGUUAAAUGAGGUAUACCAGUUUAUCAUGGACAAGUUCCCGUACUUCAGAGAAAACCAACAAAGGUGGCAAAACUCGAUUCGGCAUAAUUUGUCACUUAACGACUGCUUCAUCAAAGUUCCCCGGGCACCUGGCCGCCCAGGGAAGGGUAACUAUUGGGCCCUGCAUCCAUCGUGCGGGGAUAUGUUUAGCAACGGGAGCUUUCUACGGCGUGCGAAGAGGUUUAAAUUACACAAGAGUAAAAACGACCCAGCGGAGAUUCGGCAUAUUAACUCUUACAGCCAUUUUAAUCUCUGUAGCACCUAUCUGGGGUCCCCGUACCCGUCUCCUUAUGCUAGACAGCGUCAUCCAUACGCUCCAAUAUCAUCACCGCAUUCUCUCCGUCACACUGCCAACGAUGUCGCCGAUACUCCAUGGUCAUCAGGGGUACCUUUCGAUGUUUUCACUCCAUCGCUAUCGGCGUUCUACAACUCGUCAUUAAACCAAUAUUUCCCCGUCAGCGCGCUCUCGUCACAUCUUGAUCUACCGGCACAUCAUCACCCGGCCGGUGCUGCGGCGGGACCCCCAGGCUAUGUUUCGAUACCCAGUCGAAGCUCAUACAACUCUCAAACGGCAGCACAUUACUUACACUUCAAUCGAAAAUUGUCCUUAUGAUAAAGAAGGACGUACAGAAAUGACGAACUUUGUGAAAUAUCAUUCAAAUUUACAAGACUGAGAACCCCAAAAUAGGCCUAAUGCUGAAUAUUUACCAUGUUUACUGUGAAAUCUAAGAUGUUGAUUUGGAAUCCCGUCUGUUUUUUAUUUAUUUAUCGAUAAGAUCCG